AUGGAGGAAGGAGACGUCUCAGAUUCAUCCGUGCAGUCUGGGGUGACUGCUGGGCACAACACGACAGAAACAAACACAAACUCUGAACUCAACCCGAAGCCCCUUGUGUUCAGGCUCCUGGAGGUGAAUAACGAGCUUGGGAGUGAAGAGGUCGAAGAGGGUGAGGAGAAAGAAAUACAAGAAGAGGACAAUGAGUAUGAAGUGUUCACCGAGUCCACUACACACUCUAAGACUCACAAAUCCCAAGAGGCCUCCACAUCCUCCAAGUCCUGCAAGGACAGUGACGAUCCUCCCCAGUCCCGCAAGGCCAGCGAUUCCCUCCAGUCCCGUAAGGCCAGCGAUCCUAUCCAGCCCCGCAAGGCCGUUGAUUCUCGCCCGUCCCGCAAGGGCAGUGAGCCCCUCCAGGCCCGCAAGGGCAGUCCUCUUCAGUUACUUCGGGUUCACGGGCUUGGAAAAGGCGAUUUGCUUCCCAACGCAAUGGUUACGACCGCCCCAUCUUUGAUUGCCAAAUACCUACCACGGCUCCAGCUGACUUCUCCUAGCGCACAAUCUGCUUCCCGUGACCUUGUAGGGAAAUGUUUUUUUUCCAGAAAGAGAGCUGAAGAUCUCUCUAGACCGAAAAAGCAAUGGGGAACGCCAGAUAGAAGGUUGUUUUGGGGAAAUCAAGAUACUAUUCGCCCUGUUUCUGAGGCUGCUUUAAAAGUUCAUUUGACCAAGAGACUUGAGGACCUCGCUCAGCCCAAACUGGUCUCCCAACACUAUGUCCCUAACAGGGCUCAGUAUUACUACAGCUGCGGCAGAGAGUCUAUGAUUUGGGAGAUCCCUCCUCCUGCGCUGAUUUCCCAGCCUUCUAAAAGGAUCCAGAAGCUCGCAAAACCCAACAAAUACAAAACACAGUUUCUGCUAGAUAGGGAUAACUUAGAGCCAGAGACUUUACAUUUCUCCGGACCUUCUCCCCGGAUUCUGCAGCUCUCCGUAGCCAAAGGCACAGAUCCCAACUAUGUUCCCCCUAAAAGCAUUGAAACCAAGAUUUCCUUCUCUACCUUGAGUGCUGUUGCAAGUCCAAGGAUCAUAGACCUUGCCCACCCAAGGAUCAAGAUAGAAGGCCUAUGCUAUGAGAGAGUAAAGAAUGAACUGCCAAUUCGUCCCGUAGCCCCUGCUGCCCUGCUUGCUAAACCUACUGACCGAACUGUAAAUCUAGCAAAGUCCAAACGUGUUCAUGAAGACUAUCUCCCUGCCCGAGAUCCCCAUUGGCCUGUAUCUUAUGCUGCUGCCCAUUCUCGGGUGUCUGACAGAAUCCAGGAACUGGCUCAUCCACCGGCAAGGACUUCAGUGCAUAUUGUAUACUAUGACCCUGACGUCUUUAAAGUCAAGCCUUCUGCUUUGAGAGCACAGUGUUCUCCCAGGGUCAAGGAGCUGGCGGAACCCAUUGUGCGCUAACUUCAACCAGCCAACAACCCGAGGCUGACACGAGUUACGGAGUUCCGUAUCCGGAACAUGCAGCAGAUGACUUGGUUCCCUGCCUUUGUGUUUACAUCUUACCACUAUCCUCCCAAAUAUGAGACUUCCAGGGAGUGAGCAUCAGAUAGGCACUGUCUGUGAUCCUGUCUUUACCGAGUUUGGGGACUCCACCCUGCAAUAAAGGGGAAACCAAUACCUGUUUCGAAAUCUC